AUGGCCGGUCAUUAUGGUGGACUUCAGACUUUCAUACGACAAAAAGCUCUAGAAAUGAUAUGGACUCAUUGUCUUAUUCAUCGAGAAUCCUUAGCAUCCCAAAAUAUGUGUCCAUCGUUAAAUACCAUACUUCAAACAGUUAUAAAAGUAGUUAACUACAUAAAAACAAGGCCUGUUAAAGCAAGGUUCUUUAAAAAGAUAUGUGAAGAAAUGGGAGCAGAACAUACUGCGUUACUGUUUUAUUGUAAUUCUAGAUGGCAAUCAAAAGGAAACGUACUAGUACGAGUGUUUGAACUUAGACAAGAACUUUACACUUAUUUGAAUGAAUAA